UCUAAGUGUGGUUGGCUGCUGUCUGAUUGCCUGGAAUAAUUCAAAGUCAAGUGUCAAGUGCUGUGUGGCAAGUGUUGCAUGCGAAACAAUUUUCACGUCUGCACAGCAUAAACAUAAGUAUCUUUAUGAUGUUUGCUGCUAAAAUGUUGUUCCCAACGCCGCCGAAAUGUAUGCAACAAAUUGCAUUUCUAAUUAUAACGUUUGCCGUUUACGUGGCGGGCAUACGUAAUGCCGGCAAUACUGCAACAACAGCGCCAGUGAGCAGUGAUAGCGGCGGAAAUGUCGGUGCAAUAGCUGAUUAUGAGAGCUACUCAGCGCCCUACAAUGAAGACUUUCGACCCUCGCAACUACUCUCCGAGGUCACCGAAGUAAUCUCAACCGCCACCGAUAAUAUUGAGCGCCGUCAAUCGACUCCCGAAAAUAGUGGCGACUUUCGACCAUCACAAAUAAUCUCCUUUACACCAUCCGAUGCACAAUCAACACUAAAGCAAUAUCCGCCCAGUUAUGUGGAAUCCAAUUUUCACACGCAGCACAUAAGUAAAGGAGGACCAUAUGGACUGGUGUCUUAUAAUAAAGACGACGACAAGCAAUUCACCUUUCCACGUGAAACAGAGCAAACGCCUGUGGCUGCAGCGUUAGUGGGCAGCGCGAAUAGGAAUAUAGAAAAGUAUCUCUACACCAGCGCACCAAGACCACAGACAACAACACAGCAAUCGCUGGUGCCAGCGCAAUUACAUACAACACCAAUACUGAUCUACCGUGAUCCAUACACCAACAAACUGAACAAGAGCCAACGGCAGGACUUUCGACCCGCACCACCGCCAGAGCCGAUAUAUCAACAGAGUCAAUACGCGGAGGCUGGCAGACCACAAGAGUACACAGUACAAUCUAUGUUAGUUGUGGGUGCUGAGCAUCCCACCCCACCGCCGUCGUAUGCGUACAAUCAGCAGCGACCACAGUUUGCGUUGAAUGGUGGGGAAAACAAACGGCCGGGUUAUGUGUUUGACGAGCAAGUCAGCUCGUCUUACAAUCGCCCAGUGUACAGUGGAAACAGUUAUGAGUUGGGUGCUAGUACGGCAUCCACACCAUCCACUGCUGACUACAAUCGACGUGAUGGUGAUACGCAGACUGAACGUCCGUACGAGGGUAAAUUAGGUGUAUCGCCUUCGACGCCAACAAAGAUUUCUUACGACUCACAUGAUUACCCACCGCCCAGCUACUACCAGCAGCAAACAUCGAAUUUCCAAACGCCGCAACGACAAGACAGCAUACAAAAUUACCAACAACAACAACAACAACAACAAAAGCAGCCACAAUCAACAUAUGUAAGCCCGGCAGUCGUAACGUCAGGGACGACGACAGCCAUUAAGAGCGGCAGACCCGAGUUGACGUCUUCUAAUUAUGCAAACAAGUUUGGUAAUUAUUUGCAAGGCGGCGGUGGUAAGACUGGGGAUUCAGGCUAUUACAAGCGCCCACCGCCACAUUACAGCAAUGAUAUACUCUAUGUGACACCCGCACCGCCAACAGCACCUGAACGUCCGCACACCCCUUUACGACCAGCCGCUCCCUACUACACGCAAUCCAAUGAGCCGUUAAGACGUCCACUCACACCGCACAGUGAUUACAAUGAGUAUCAAUUGGGCGAAAUACCACCACCCCAGACGCUCCAAACAGUGCUGGGUAGUGGACAGAGACCGCCACCAGCUAGAGAGCAAUACACAACACCACAACGUUAUCCGUACGAUGAAGACUACCAGUCACCACAAGGUUAUCAACCCCCACACAGCUUACCAGCUGCCCAAAACUAUGCACCUUCACAGAACUACCAGCCAUUGCAGAGCUAUCCACCUGCACAGCAAUACCCACCGCCGCCAAAUUAUCGUCCUCCACCGCCAACAUACCAACCACAACAGCCCACCUCUAAUCUUGGUGCCGGCAUGGGUGGCUUGGCAUCCUUAGCUUCAUUCUUCACCGGCACCCAACAGUAUGCGCCGCAAUUCACUAAUCUCCUCUUGGGCGGCAAUGGCGGUGGUGGUGGUCUGUUGCAUGCAUUAACCGGCACUCGCCCACUUGGCGCUGGCAGCAGUGGCGGCGGUGGUGGCCGACCACCAAACAUGCAACUCAUAAAAGCUUUAGAGAAUAUUGCACGCAAUGAUGACUUGGAAUGUGUGCCGAAGGUGUUGUGCAAUAUGAUUGCCAGUCAAACACAACGUGGACAAUUGCCCGGCUUCGUCACGUCGCCGGCGAUAACGAAUUUCCUUGCUGGCUUCCCAACGCAAUCACCGGCUCUCAUUUAUGGACGUGCCGCUUUGUUGGGCAUCAGCGGUGGGGAGCGUAGCUGUACGCAAACGUAUGCCAAGUGUCCGAAGAAUGAGUACGAAAUCCUCUAUUACUUAAACAAUCAUCGCGGUGGUUUCUUCAAAUUCUUCAGCGAGUCGGAGGAGCAAAAGCCCAGCAAAACACAAUACGCACAACAAAGUAGCGACAGCUCUGGCAGCACAAGUGGUGGUACCUCGCUCUUUAGUCUACUCUCUGCACUAACCGGUGCCGAUCCACCUGUGACGACAACAACACCACGGCCCACGCCACCACCAACAGUCGCCAGUUUCGAUAUUACACAAGGCAUUGGCAAUUUCUUUAGCAAUAUACUCUCUGAAUACAUAAGUGGCGUUGAAUAUCAGCGAAGAAGCAGCAGAUCUAAGCGCGAUAUAAGCUUCGUUGACAACGAGACCAAUGAACAAGCAAAACCAGGCCUCAAAUUUCCAAAAGAUGCCGACUCGGAAGACUUUCACGAUGAGGAAGAUGAUGAGGAUACGCAGGAUGGCAUAGAUUUCGAUGAUGAGCACACAAGUGAAUCGAAUGAGAGUACAGAAUAUGGCGAUACACAGGGACGUGUCGUCUUUAAGAGUGGCGAGCAUGAUUUACAUUUCUUUCCGGCAGGUGACGAGAGUGGCAUUGAUGAACGCUUAAAGGAUGUGUAUUUGCAGGAGGUAAUAAAUAAAUUCAAUGCCGCAAAAUCGGAGAGAAAACUUAAAUUUCCCACAGCAACAGACACGAAAGUAGAAAGCAGUGAGAUUUACGACGCCACGGUAGAUACGGACGGUGGUGAGGUGGUGCACUUCCGUGAAGAGAAUGAGCAGCCGAGCGAUGCGGUACGCUUUGGCGUAGAGCAUGGUAGACCCACGCGGCGCGGUAAAGCAUUAAUCUUCCAAGAAAAUGAGGAAGCCACGAACCAUGAGUACACACGCGAAACACGCGUGGAAUACGACGAGCAACAAAACGGCCAACGCGUCAUCUUCCCAGAUCAUUACGAGAAACACAUACGCAAGGGCAAAAUACUCAACCGACCAAUCUUAUAUGCCGCCAACUACGAUGACUAUAUGGGCAAUGCGGAAGCAGAUCGGCUUGUAUUAUCAGAUAGCCAACGUCCGGAGUAUAAUCACAUUGAUGAUAGUGCUGAUAACACCGUUAGCUAUGAGGACAAACCAUUAGGUCCUAUCUACAUUAGUCAAUCUUCAACACAACAACACAAUACACAAAGUACAAACAUACAGGUGUACAACGAUAACAGGUUACACUAUAAUCGUGGCGCUGAUACAUACAAAGGCGGUGACGGUGCUAGCAACCGCUACAGGCCUACAAGCUCAUCCACUUACUCACCAUCAUCGUCGUCUAAUUAUAAUAGUAACCGUUACUCCUCUACGGGCAACUCGGCGUCCAAUUAUUAUAAGCGUCCUUACUAUGCUCCUUCUUCGUCUUCUUCUUCUUCUGGUAAUCGCUAUGAUUAUCCAAAUACGAAUUAUGUUACUAAUAAUCGUUAUGGCAGUCGCUAUCAGACGACACGGUAUACAACAACAACAACACGCUCACCACGUGGCAGCGAUAAUGACCAGAAUAUUUAUGUAACAAAUGCUCAGGGUGUCACAACGCAUUAUAUAACGCCGAACGGCAGAAAAGUAUAUUUGUAG